AUGGAAGACCAGAUUGCCAUAGUCAUCGUCUUGUCUGUCUCAAUAACGCCGGGGCAUCAAAUUGGCCGUGCAAACCCAGUUGGUCCAGGGCCUUCGAACAGCUCCCCCACUCAUGGCAGAAAACUAACAAAAUUUUCACCCAAGGCACCCCCGCCCCAGUCAGGCACCUCUGCCAUCGAGUCCGCGAAGCCAAAAUUGUCAAAGUUUCUAGCGCGCCGAGAGAGGCCCAGACAAGAUGAAGCUCGAGAAGAUGACACACCCCGCUCGCUCACCAAGGGCAAGGGUAAGGCGACCAACGUUUCAUCCACCGAUGGUGAGGAUGAAUCCGACGAAUCAUCCGAUGAAGAAAGCGAAGGGGACGUACAGGUCACCCCAACCCCACCGGCCAAGCGUGGCCGUCCCCGCAGGAAUAUCAUUCAGGAGGCUGCCAAGCGGAUGAAGAAGCAAUGA